AUGGAGAAGUUUGAUCGAAAAGCUGAUGAAAAAUUAGUUUUUGAAACCAGUGAAGAUGUCAAAGUAGUUCCCACCUUUGAUUCUAUAGGAUUGAAGGAGGAUCUUCUAAGAGGGAUCUAUGCUUAUAAUUUUGAAAAACCGUCGGCAAUUCAACAAAGAGCUAUCGUUCCUAUAACUAAAGGCCGCGAUGUAAUUGCACAAGCACAGUCUGGAACGGGUAAAACAGCUACUUUUUCCAUCUCUAUCCUUCAAUGCAUAGACACAACAGUCAGAGAAACCCAAGCUCUUAUUCUCUCACCUACGAGAGAAUUGGCAACUCAGAUACAGAGUGUAAUAUUAGCACUUGGUGAUUACAUGAAUGUGCAAUGUCACGCAUGUAUAGGAGGAACUAGUGUUGGAGAGGAUAUUCGUAAACUAGAUUAUGGUCAACAUGUUGUUUCCGGUACACCAGGUCGCGUUUUUGACAUGAUCCGACGUCGAAAUUUACGAACUCGUCAUAUAAAGAUGCUUGUAUUAGACGAAGCUGAUGAAUUACUUAAUAAAGGUUUCAAAGAUCAGAUAUAUGACGUAUAUCGUUAUCUUCCACCUAAUACACAAGUCGUUCUUUUGAGUGCUACGUUACCUUACGACGUACUUGAAAUGACUACAAAAUUUAUGACAGAACCAGUUCGUAUAUUGGUUAAACGUGACGAAUUGACAUUAGAAGGAAUCAAACAAUUUUUUGUUGCCGUUGAAAAAGAAGAAUGGAAAUUCGAUACUCUAUGUGAUUUGUAUGAUACGCUUACAAUUACACAGGCAGUAAUAUUUUGUAAUACGCGUCGGAAGGUUGACUGGUUAACUGAAAAAAUGCGCGAAGCAAACUUUACGGUUUCAUCAAUGCAUGGAGAUAUGCCUCAAAAGGAAAGAGAUGCUAUCAUGCAAGAAUUUCGUCAAGGCGCAAGUCGUGUGUUAAUUACUACUGAUGUUUGGGCCCGCGGAAUUGACGUUCAACAAGUGUCUUUAGUUAUAAAUUACGACUUGCCAAGCAACCGUGAAUUAUACAUUCAUCGUAUCGGUCGAUCUGGUCGGUUCGGAAGGAAAGGUGUUGCUAUCAACUUUGUAACUUCUGAGGAUGUUAGGAUUCUUCGUGAUAUUGAACAGUAUUAUAGUACUCAAAUAGAUGAGAUGCCAAUGAAUGUAUCAGACUUGCUUUAA